GACACGGAGACUUUUAGUUCAUCAUGCUAUUGCCCUGGGUUUACAUACAACUACAUUGAUCCUAGUAAAAGGUGCUUUAGAUGCCUGCGGGUCCAAGUUAAUGCCAGAUAAAAAGGAUUUCGGUUAUAGUUUUCCGUGCGACAGCCCGGGACGAGGCGGUACUUGUGAUAUUUCAGCAUGGGACCCUGCCUUUGGACUCGUAUUUUUUGCUAUGUUCCUAAUGUUUGGCACUUUCCAUACUUCAUGGCUGUUUUUCCUACCACUUCUUGUAAAAGGUCACAAGGGCUACCUGUUUAUGAAGAGAUACAGGGGACUCUGGCCCCAGCCUUAUACUUCCCCACCCUUUUGCACCUACCUGACUCUAUUUCGGACCUGCCAACCCUCGAGUUUAAGGCAUCUCAUUAGAGAUCAAUGGAGGCAUUCAAUAACAAGAUUCCCUCUGAUC